AAAGACAGCAAGAAAGCACUUUUCCUUCGCAGAAUAGAAAGUCUGCCUCAUAACCUGUCGUACUGUUCACAAAAUCCAAUCAACAUGGCCGACUCCGAGCCCGUCCACUUUUUCGACCUCUUCUCCGAUUUCCCAGGUGCGUCAGCUGCCCCGCAAUCGGACCGCCUCUAAUGCCGUCCCUCAGGUGCCUCCAAAUCAUGGUCCCCCAACACGUUGAAAGUCCGAGCAGUGCUCAACUUCAAGGGUAUACCCUAUACUCAGAGCUGGAUUUCCUACCCGGACGUUAAGCCUCUUGUCACUGGCCUAGGUUUGGGGCCGAAUAAAAAGGGUAUUCCAUACACCCUGCCCACCAUCAUCCACAAGUCCUCGAUCACCACCAAUACUAAUGGCGCCAUGAUGGAUUCGCUUCCCAUCGUCAUGCACCUCGAUAAGGUGUUUCCGUCUCCCCCGCUGUUUCCGUCCGGCGAUGCCAGCUAUGCACUACUCAUCGCGGUGGAGAAGAUGGUGACUCUUCUGGCGCCAGGGUUCCGGCAGAUGAUUAUCCCCCGUGUGGUGGACCAUUUGGAUCCGCGGGGACAGGUGUACUUCCGCGAGACGCGAACCGCACAUUUUGGCAAGCCGUUGGCGGAGGUGCGACCGACGGAUAAGGAGAGCUUGGAUAAGUUAUGGCAGUUGCUUGAGACCGAGUCAGCGCCACUGGUUAAAAUGCUGCGAGGAAAGGAGGGGAAAAAGGGCCCAUUCUUUGAAGGUGAAAAACCUGGGUAUGCAGAUGUACUGCUCGCUUGCCAUCUGGCAUUCAUUGAGCGCUUUGAUAAGGAGCUCUUCGACAAAUUCAUGGGUCUGGGCAAUGGUGAGUUCCAGACGCUGUACCAGGCUUGCUUGCCCUGGCUGGAGGGACAGGGCGAGGACAAGGAGUGGCCGGUUCCCCAGGCUGUCUCAUCUUGAGUACAAGACGCGAAUUAGGGGACAUUGGCCGAUAUAUGUCAUUGCGAAGUCCAAUAGAUGUAAUGAUAUAUAUCCACAGCACCCGAUGGUCUUUUGCAUAUACAGUAACUGCUUCAGACCUAUCGAAGAGGGAUUCGUCUUGGUAGUCGAUAUAUAGGUGUGAAUACAGCCAACAGGUCAUACUAAUAGUUACACCCGUUGAAUUGCCGCCGCAAGUGGAGGAGGUUCAAAUUUGAUCCUUCUGCCAGGUUAAGGCUUCAGAGGGCUCUACCGCCGCAACUACAAUAUGUUCAAAUGCCAAGUUUUGGUUCACGAUAACAUGAUGCAUAAUUCUGUACAUUUGGCCUAAUGUCUCCUUUCGAAUGGGUUGUGAUGCCAGCUUAAAGAGAGCGAUAAUAUGUUAGACAGUCAACCAGUCUAUAUAAAUUAUCACCUUCUGGUCAAAUCUCCCUGUUGUAUUGACAAUCCUUCGUGCU